AUGUCAGGGUGUGCCAGGGUCCCCUGCCCCUGGUUCAGAUCUGGCUCAACAAUCAAGGGGUCGUUGGAGCUUCUGUUUGGCCAAAAACACAAACCUCGUGUCCCGAAAUGGGAUUUCCCCUGGGAAACUCGACCCAUGAAUGACAGGGCAUUUCGAAAAGUCCAUCAAGCAUUGACUAAACCGCUUUACGCUCCAAACCAUCAAACUAGCCUCAUUAUUAAUUACCAUACUACGGAGUAUGUCUGCAAUGGUCGCUCCUGGAUAUGUUCACGACAAGGAGCGAUCAACAACUUCAUGGCGCGCCCUGGUCUUGGCUGUUGCUCUAGUCUUUCACAGGCUAUCCCCUGUCACUCAACCCUCAAGAUCAUCAUAGGCGUAUGCCUCUCGUCUUCCUCUGGCCGCGAUGUCAUUUCCGAAUCUGGUCUGGCUGAAGUUUGA